AUGUACCAUUUUUCAAAGGUCCUGCUGAAAGUGUGGCAAUGCAUGUUCAUCGCACCGGUGACACUGCGGAGGAAAUCAGCCGUCGACGGCAGCGUGCAGCCACAGUCGUACUACGCGUUCAGCGUCUGGUGGUACGCGUUCAACUUAGCCGUGUUGGUCGCGUGUGUGACCGGCGGGGUGUGGGCCGUAAUGGAGGACGCGCGAGCGUCCGCGACGGGUCGGUCGUUGCGCAUACAGAACACGUCCUCGGCCAUCGUCACCGCGCUCCAGGUGACGCUCCAGUGCUUGGUGUGCGGGCUGGCGAUCACGUGCUCCGCGGGCCGGCACGUCAUGCUGCAGGACAUCGAGCGACACCUGAACUACGCGGACGCCGUGCUCCGGGUGUCCACCAGCCAGCCGGUGGCGAGGUACACGCUGGCUCUGGUCACGUUCCACGCGGCUCUGUUCGCUGUCGACGGUUACUUGUGGAACACGCUCAGCCCGGCCACCUGGUUGUACGGUGUGUGUUACGUGUACAUGUUCAUCGACCUGGCCACCAUGCUCAUGUACGCGCAGAUCGCUUGGAACAUCGGGCGCCGGUUCGAGGAUAUCAACGCGGCGAUCGAGUGCAAGCUCGCGGGCUUCCAGGCGGGCGCGGCGGCGACGUUCGACCACAGCCACCGUGGCCGUGGCUAUCGACCUCCACAACAGGUGUGGACGUUCAGCGGUCAAACCACGGUCGUCGUGUCCAAUAAUCCGGUGGCCAUGGCUGACCGCCAAUACGGUACAAAUAUGAAAAAUAUUUCAAUCGCCAAAUUACAAGAUCUUCACUGGAGUCUUUGUAAUAGUAUAAAAAUAGUCAAUGAUAAAUUUGGAUGGCAAUUAUUUCUGCAGCUGUUUUGCAAUUGCGUGCAACUAAUUGUGACCCCGUAUUUUAUAAUCAUAAAUUUAUUUUACCCGGUGAUUUAUGGUUCUACAGAUAUUAAAUUCAUUCUGAUCCAAGUUCUCUGGGUGCUGACCCACUUGAGUCAUUUAUUAUUAAUCGUAUUACCCACUUCGUACGCUACUACAAAAGGUGAAAAAACUGCUGUGAUCAUAUGUAAAUAUCUAACUAUUGAUAUAGAACCAGGUGAUAUGAAACAGGUAUUUAUUAAGAUGAAUAUUGAUAGUACAAAUUAUAAUUAA